CGAACUCGGUAGUUGGGCAGUCGUUGCGAGGCGGUGGUUCGAAGCACAACCAUGAUGGCGACGGCACCGACGAUCCCCGCGACCAACGUGAAGAAGUGUACGCCUGGACAGCGAAACAAGCCCCCGUGUCUUGCUUUGCAGCCAUCGCUGGUCCAGGACAACUUGCCAUGCGAAGUCAUUCCAAAGCUCUGGGUCGGCUCCGUCCACGCCGCAUUCAAUUUUGAAGCGAUCAAAGAACGAAAAAUCACCCACGUCCUCAACGUGUCGGGCACCAUCGCCACAUAUCCACACGAAUUCACAUACUUGACUGUGGACCUCCGCGACAAAGACUACACAAACCUGCUCAGCUGCAUCCCCAUUGCGACCGUCUUCCUCGAGUCAGGCAUGCAGCAAGGCGGCAUUCUCGUCCACUGCGCCGGUGGUCGGUCUCGAUCUCCUGCGAUUGUAAUCGCAUACCUCAUGUCUGCGCUCGGGCACUCGUUUGACGAUGCAAUCAGCAAAGUCCGCAUCGCACGACCGGUUGUCCAGCUCAACUCUGGGUUUGAGGACCAGCUUCGGUGUUUUGAAAAGGCCAAGCGAGACGUUUACGCAGCCCAUCAAUUGCUGCUCCAAACCAAGAUCGUCCGGGCGCGUUUGCGACGCAGCCAGCUGCUGGAUGUUGACUAUAUUCCCACUCCAAAGUCAUCGACACACGCGUCAAAAAAAGCUUCGUCGGACGUCCGCAUGCUCCUUGGCACACUUCCUCGCGGGUUUUACCUAUCACGACCAUCUUCACCGAAAGACCAACAAUUCAUUCCGCCCCUCCGAACGAUGGGGACCCAGUACGGCUGUGCAGCGUGCGGAACGUUGCUGUAUUGUGCCGCAAACGUUCUACGACACAACGACACGACCGACGCCGCGCUUUGGACCGUCGCUAUCGACAGAAAACGAGCUAUCUCAUGUCCAGAGACACCUCGUGGCCGACAUGGGGCGCCAUUGCCAGUUGGCCGGCCAUUCGCCGACAACGAAUUUGACGAAGACGACGACGAAACAUUGCAGCAGGAAAUGCUACGAAGCACCAUCGCGACGCGCGAACAAUCGGCCAAGCAAGCGCAGCACGCAGUGGUUACUCCAUGCGACGACGACCUGGAUGCGACUUUAGGCGCCGCAAUUCACGACGUCGAGUUGCGUUCUGGCACCGACGGGAAUACUUUGAAGAGUGUGCCGGCCGGAAAAGACAAUGCUGUAGCUGCACAAGUACGCGACAGUCAACCACAGACCCAACGUAGCGAAGGACACAUCGUAACGUCGUCGAAUUCGUCGCGGCCAACGAUCAAACAAAGCAAAAAGAAUUGGCGGUCGUGGGCGUCGCUGCGGCCUUCCUUUGGGUUUCGUAAAGCGCAAUCCGAGCCGACCGGCCCCGCAUCCGAUGAACUCCAAACAUGGCGGCAACAAAUGAAAGCGCUCGAGAAACAUGGAUCGCGGCACCAAAUACGCCGAGUGUCAGCUGCGAUGUCCGAAGACGAGAAGCAAUUCGCCGCCGUCGACGGCACGAGCAAGUGCCACAUCGUAUUCCUUGAGCCGCUGGCGUGGUUCGGGUCUGUUCAGCCGGAGGACGGCAACUUGGUCUGCUCGAACAGUGCCUGCCGCGCGACCGUAGGUCAUUACACCUGGUCAGACGCCGACACGAAGCAUCAAUGCGCGUGCGGUGGUCAAGUGUGUCCUGGCUUUGCUGUACACAAGUCAGCCGUGAAGAUGCUUCCAGGCCCAUCGCGGUUGCCACCGCCGUUGGCCAGCCGCGAGAAAGAUCUCACUUAGGCAGUCUCGAUAAUGGCAUGCCAAACACGACCAUCCUGCUAGAAUUAGCAUGCCAC